AUGUGGCUUUAUAAUUUUUUGCUGGGUUUUGACCUCAAGGCUUUAUUCCUGUUUAUUUUCAUUUUUAUCAUAAUAGCAGACUUCCUCAAAAACAGGAAUCCUGCAAAUUAUCCUCCAGGACCGUUGUCUCUUCCCCUUGUCGGGAAUUUCUUCAGUGUGGACAAGAAACAUCCAUACAUGUAUUUUACAAAGCUGGCUGACGUCUACGGGAAUGUGUUCAGUGUUCGCCUCGGUGGUGACAAGUUGGUGUUUGUGUCUGGGUACAAGAUGGUGAAGGAAGCCAUAGUGACACAAGCCGACAAUUUUGUGGAUCGACCAUUCAAUGCAAUGGCCGACAGGGUUUACUUAGGAGGAAUAGGGGGUCUGUUCACGAGCAACGGUGAAACAUGGAAGAGACAGCGUCGCUUCGCCUUGUCUACUUUACGUAGCUUCGGCCUGGGCAAAAGAACCAUGGAGCAGAGUGUCUGUGAGGAAAUCCGACACCUGCAGGAAGAGAUAGAGAACGAGAAAGGUGAACCUUUCAACCCAACAGACCUCUUCAACAAUGCUGUGUCAAACAUAAUUUGCCAGCUGGUGAUGGGGAAACGGUUUGACUACAGCGACCACAACUUCCAGACCAUGCUGAAGUAUCUCUCUGAAAUUCUUAGGCUGCAGGGCUCUGUAUGGGGUAUGCUCUAUGAGUCAUUCCCUGGAGUGAUGAAGCACUUGCCAGGUCCUCACAACAAAAUCUUCAGCCACUAUCAUGCCAUUCUGGACUUCAUCAGUCAGGAGGUAAAGAGCCACAAGAAAGACCUGGACCACAGCGAUCCCCGGGACUACAUUGACGCUUUCAUCAUUGAAAUGGAGAAUCACAAAGAGUCUGAUCUGGGCUUCACUGAGUUCAAUCUGGCUCUGUGCAGUCUGGAUCUGUUCCUGGCUGGAUCGGAGACAACCUCCACCACUUUGCUGUGGGCUUUGGUUUUCCUGAUAAAAUACCCCGAUAUCCAGGACAAAGUCAAGGUAGAAAUAGACAGAGUGAUCGGACGGACCCGACAGCCCAGUAUGGCAGACAGACCCAACCUGCCCUACACUGAUGCUGUCAUCCACGAGAUCCAGAGGAUGGGAAACAUUGUUCCUCUCAAUGGACUAAGAAUGGCUUCCAAAGAUACGACGCUGGGCAAUUACUUGAUACCUAAGGGUACGUCCUUGAUGCCCAACCUAACCUCUGUGCUGUUUGACAAAUCUGAAUGGGAAACUCCAGACACCUUCAACCCUGGACACUUCCUAGAUGCUGAGGGAAAGUUUGUGAAGAGAGAAGCUUUCCUGCCUUUCUCUGCAGGGAAACGUAUGUGUCCCGGAGAAGGCCUGGCCAAGAUGGAGCUGUUCCUGUUUUUGAUCGGUUUACUACAGAAGUUCUCUUUCUGUGUUCCUGAUGGAGUAGAGUUGAGUACAGAAGGAGUAACUGGAAUUACACGUGUACCACACCCCUACAAGGUCUACGCCAAGUCCCUUGCUCGUCUUCUCUGCCUCACAAUGUGGCUGUGUGAUUUGUUUCUGUGGCUUGAUCUGAGAGGAAUGCUGCUUUUUAUUUUUGCCUUUCUCAUGGUGGUGUAUUUUCUGAACAAAAAGGAUCCACCCAAUUUUCCACCGGGUCCACCAGCUCUCCCUCUUUUGGGAAACAUAUUCAACAUUGAAUCCAAACAGCCUCACAUUUACUUAACCAAGCUAGCUGAUGUUUAUGGGAAUGUGUUCUGCAUUCGUCUGGGCAGACACAAAACAGUGUUUGUGUCUGGGUGGAAGAUGGUGAGAGAAGCCAUAGUGACACAGGCCGACAACUUUGUGGACCGGCCUUACAGCCCGAUGGUGACCAGAAUUUAUUCAGGGAACUCCGCGGGUCUUUUCUUCAGUAAUGGGAAAGUGUGGAGGAGACAGCGGCGUUUUGCCAUGGCCACGUUACGAACAUUUGGUCUGGCCAAGAGCUCCAUGGAGCAGAGCAUCUGUGAGGAGAGUCUUCAUCUGCAGGAGGCGAUGGAGAAGGAGAAAGGUGAGCCAUUUGACCCGGUGCCUCUCUUAAACAACGCUGUGGCCAACAUCAUCUGCCAGAUAGUGUUUGGGAGACGGUUUGACUACAGCGACCACAACUUCCAGAGCAUGCUGAAGAAUCUGACUGAGAUGGCCUAUUUGGAGGGCUCCAUAUGGGCUUUACUCUAUGAUGCGUUCCCAGCGCUGAUGAAACACCUGCCGGGGCCUCACAAUGGCAUCUUCAGCAGCUCCAAAUCUUUGGAGGCCUCCAUCAGGGAAGAGGUGGAGAGGCACAAGUUGGAUCUGGACCCUGGCAACCCACGAGAUUACAUCGACACCUUCCUGAUAGAGGAGAAACACAACAGAAACAGCGAGUUGGGUUUCGAUGAUGGCAACCUAGUUCUGUGUUGUCUGGAUCUGUUCUUGGCUGGAAGCGAAACCACUUCUAAGACCCUGCAGUGGGGCCUCAUCUACCUCAUCAGGAGCCCUCAUAUCCAGGAUAAAGUCCAGGCAGAGAUAAACAGAGUGAUCGGACAAAUCCGCCAGCCCACAAUGGCAGACAGACCCAACCUGCCCUACACAGACGCCGUCAUCCACGAGAUCCAGAGGAUGGGAAACAUUGUUCCUCUAAAUGGACUCAGAAUGGCCGCCAAGGACACAAUGCUGGGUGGUUAUUUUAUACCAAAGGGAACUUCUGUGAUGCCCAACCUGACCUCUGUGCUGUUUGACAAGACUGAAUGGGAAACUCCUGUCACCUUUAACCCCGAACACUUCCUGGAUGCUGAGGGGAAGUUUGUGAGGAGGGAUGCAUUUUUACCUUUCUCUGCAGGAAAACGUGCAUGUCUGGGAGAAGGUCUGGCAAGAAUGGAGCUGUUUCUGUUUUUUGUCAGUUUGUUUCAGAAAUUGUAUUUUACCACACUGGAUGGAGUCGAUCUGAGUACAGAGGGGAUCAUUGGAGCCACACGCACACCGUACCCCUUUAAGAUCUAUGCCAGAGCCCGCUGA